GCGGCGGAGCGAGGCGGGUGGUGCCGUGUCCCCGCCCGGCGGCCCCGGGGGAGGUGCCGGCCGGGCCGAGCUGCCACACGCCACGCCGGCUCGGGGCGAGGGCUGUGGCCGCUGGGCUGAAUAAUGUUUCCAACAUGUCUGUGCAGUCACUGCUUUGUGAAAGAAUUGCUGUUGCCAAAGAUUUGAUCAAGAGAGCAGAAGCCCUUUCCAAGUCCCAGAAAAGGAGAAUAGAAGGUGGGGCAAAACUAUGUAGCAAACUGAAGGCUGAGCUAAACUUCUUACACAAGGUAGAGGCAGGGAAAGUGGCCAUUAAAGAGUCCCAUCUGCAGAGUACAAACCUUACCCACCUCCAAGCCAUUAUUCAGUCAGCAGAGAAUCUGGAGGAUGUUGUCAGUGUCCUCCAUGUCUUUGCUUAUGAGGACAGGUUUGGAGACAAGCAGACCCUGGUGGUAGAUGUUGUUGCGAACGGAGGUCACACAUGGGUGAAGGCCAUCGGUCGGAAAGCUGAGGCUCUGCAUAACAUCUGGCUGGGGAGAGGCCAGUAUGGUGACAAAAGUGUCAUUGAGCAGGCAGAGGACUUCCUGCAAGCAAGCCGUCAGCAGCCAGUGGAGUACAGCAAUCCCCACAUCAUCUUUGCAUUCUACAACAGCGUGUCCAGUCCUAUGGCAGAGAGACUCAAGGAGAUGGGAAUAUCUGUGAGAGGAGAUGUUGUUGCUGUGAACUCACUGGUGGAGCCAUCUGCAGACAGCGAGCACCCUAGCGCCAGUGAAUCAGAUGAAGAAGGCCCUGAACUCCUGCAGGUGACCAGAGUGGACCGGGAGAAUUUAGUGGCCAGCAUUGCUUUUCCUACUCAGAUCAAAGUAAAUGUCUGCAAUAGAGUUAACUUGGACAUCACUACCUUAAUAACCUAUGUCUCUGCUCUGAGCUAUGGAGGCUGCUACUUUGUCUUCAAAGAAAAAGUGCUGACAGAGCAAGCAGCCCAAGAAAGGAGGGAGAGAGUGCUGCCUCAGCUGGAGGAGUUCAUGGAGGGAAAAGAGCUCUUUGCCUGCGAAUCUGCUGUCAGAGAUUUUCAGUCCAUCUUGGAAACACUGGGAGGACCUGGGGAGAAAGAGCGAGCUGCAUUGCUUGUUAAAAGGGUUACCGUGGUGCCAGAUCAGCCAUCUGAGCGUGCCUUAGGACUAGUGGCUAGUUCAAAAAUCAACAGCCGUUCUCUAACCAUUUUUGGGACAGGAGACACUUUGAAAGCCAUCACCAUGACCGCAAAUAGUGGGUUUGUGAGGGCAGCGGCAAACCAAGGCGUCAGGUUCAGCGUUUUUGUCCAUCAGCCACGAGCAUUGACAGAAAGCAAAGAAUCUGCUGCCACACCUUUACCAAAGAGCUGCCCAUCUGAUAAUGGACUAUAAGUCAUUAAAUCAGUCAUGGAAAUACAGUAGGUGCUGCAGUGGAGGCUUUUUGAGAAACAGAAGAAUCAUAGCAAUACAGUUUUGGGUGUGUAUCAGUGAUGACAGUAAAUGUAGCAGUGGAAGAACUCCUCGAGGGAUUUGCAAUAUCUUCACUCAUUCCUUGGGGGUUUUUUGUUCAGCUGACCAUUAAUUUAUUCACUAAAGUAAUAAGAUGUCAAUGAAAAUUGUUAACUGGCUUACAGUGUAUUAAUUGUAUCCAUCCCUAUUAAAAAGUUCAGUUAAAGCACAAUAA